GCUCCUGCCGGGGAGAAAGAUGCGAAUCAGAUGGAGUGGGCUCGCCGCGACCUGGGGCCCCUCCACCAGGCAACCGGGGCCCCCCAUUGAUCCCAUCUCGUGCGAGAUAAAAGAGCUCGGGGACGCUUGAGGAAACAAAGUCGCGGCCCCCACACAGUCACCGUUCGGGGCCGGUUGAUCUUUCCCCCGGGAGCUCCCAUAGUCGCUAUUCCACGCCAGUUCACGGUCCGUACUUCCGCUCAGUGCCGGAUCCGCGAGGCUCCGCCCCGGCCUUCCGCGGGCCAAUCGCAACUCGGGGGCGGGUCUUUAGGCUAUAUAAAGGAGCUCCGCGGUGCUAGAGGUCUUUCGGAGGGCGGUUAGCUGGUCUGCGGACGCUGUAUACCCUCUUCCACUUCCGCUGCAGCCAAUAGAGGCCGUUCCUACCAUAGUCAGUCUGUGUGCGCGUUGUUUUUUCCGAGACUGCAGAGUUCGGGGAAGCUGUACUCUGCCUUUCGCUACGCGGAAUUUGCAGAUUUUCCCCUGGACCUCAGGCCUCUGGCUGGAGUAGGGUGGACGCUUCACAUAAGGUUCUCUGGUCGAAUUUCCCCGAACCUCCAGAUGGCCGCGCUGCGUCGAAUGCUCCACUUGCCGAGCCUGAUGAUCGGGACGUGCCGCCCCUUUGCGGGUAGGGAGGUGGGGGCAGAGUGGGAAGGGAAAGGCUCACUGGCUGAUAGCUGCCUGGGGGACCGCUGUCUCUGGGAUCGGCUGCAUGCCCAGCCUCAUUUGGGCACUGUCCCCACCUUCGACUGGUUCUUUGGAUACGAGGAAGUCCAGGGGUUCCUACUGCCGUUGCUGCAGGAGGCACGGGCUGCCAGUCCUCUGCGAGUGCUGGAUGUGGGCUGUGGGACCUCCAGCCUAUGUACAGGCCUCUACACCAAAUCUCCACACCCAGUGGAUGUGCUGGGGGUGGACUUUUCUCCUGUGGCUGUGGCCCACAUGAACAGCCUCCUGGAGGGUGGCCCAGGCCAAACACCUCUAUGCCCUGGGCACCCUGCCUCCAGCCUCCACUUCAUGGAUGCCGAUGCCCAGAACCUGGGGGCUGUGGCUUCUUCAGGCUCUUUCCAACUACUGCUGGACAAGGGCACCUGGGAUGCUGUUGCCCGGGGAGGUUUGCCUAGGGCUUACCAGCUGCUAUCAGAAUGCUUGAGGGUUCUAAACCCUCAGGGGACCCUGAUUCAGUUCUCAGAUGAGGACCCUGAUGUGCGACUGCCCUGCCUGGAACAAGGGUCCCGUGGCUGGACUGUGACUGUGCAGGAGCUAGGCCCGUUCAAGGGCAUCACCUACUUUGCUUACUUGAUUCAAGGCUCUCAUUAAAGACAUUUUAGUA